AUGUUUAAGAGCCAAGCGGGUGGCGCAUGUGAUUGUGGUGACGCAAGUGUCAUGCACGCAUCUGGAUUUUGUACUCACCAUGGACCUGGUCGUCCACAAAUGGACCAUCCACCUAGGGAACUUAUUUGUUGCGCUGAAUUUCUCAUACCGUACACACUUAAAUGUUUAGUAAAAGCAUUGCGUAUGGCAGGUUUCCUUGACAAACAAAAUGAAGGGCCUGAGUUACUUGAUCUACUGAACAAACUGUCGGAUUUAGGCUCUGCUAUUCAGAUAUAUAUCACCAAUGCGCUGGUUGACGAAGAAUUAUAUCGAAAUUUUACCACAGAUAACGAAUCUAAAAAAGCUUAUUAUUAUGAUUAUUUGAAACAAAUAUUUGAUGCAAUACCAAACGUCUAUUUUGCUGAUAAUUUGAUUGAUAAUGGUGAUGUUACUGAAAAAAUGCCAUUCGAUAUUGGAAUAAAAACAUUAUUAGAUGAACUGAUGUUUUGGUGUGUUUAUGCUCAACUACCAGAAGAUUUAGUACGAUUUUUGUUAAGUUUAUUACCAAAUUUAAACUUUAAAAUGUUAUUUACGAAAACAUUUUUACGCUAUUACGGCAUGAUUUUAUUAUCAUUGGUUAGUGACAGUAAUUCGUCCGACGAUAUUCCCAGCCGUCUUGUACAUAUUAGUGUUCAAUUGUUUAGUAGUCAUUCAAUAACAGAAUAUGCAAUGAAUAGCUGUCAUCUUAUUUCUGUUGUGCUAUCAUGUAUUUGGAAUAUGUUCGAAAAUAAAGAACAAUUACUCAUACCACAUCCACUAGCAUGUACAGUCACUUUUACUCAUAUACGUAAAAAUUCAGAUGAAGAAAUCGGCGAUGUUACUGGUACGGCCGUUGUUGUUGAUGUUGAUCAUACAUUAAUUAAACGAAAUUUAUAUUGGCCAUUAGUCAGUGAUUUUGUUAAUAUAUUAUCGCACAAAAAUAUCACCGUAACGAUUUUAGAAAAUCCAAAAUAUUUUUCAUUAUGGUUAAAAUUUGUUUCACUCUUUCAAGGAAUGAAUGUGAAUCAUCGUGUUUUUUCACAUCAUGUUGAAUAUGAACCUCAAAGUUAUCUGUAUGCAUUUACAACUGAAUUGGAAAUAUGUGCUGCCGCAAUGUGGUGUAUGAUUAAUCAUAUACAAACAGAUGUGUCAGUAAAUUUGAUUGUAUCUACAAUGAAGUGGUUAGUAAAAAGUGUCGAAGAUUGGCUAACAGCAAUUGAUUAUAGCUCAACAACACAUUCUUAUCCAGGGAGAUUAACAUUUCAUUUGCCGCUACAUCGCUAUAUGUCGGUAUUUGCACACAAUGCUAUAUACAAUUAUAAUGUUCAUCCAUCAACCUUUUUACCAAUAACAAAUCAAGCAAAGCUAUUCGAUUUAUUAUUUUAUCCAUUGAAAGCUGUGAGCGGCUAUCAUGAAAUUCUAGCAAAUUUAUGGCUGAGAAAUGGUUCUCAAAUAACUGUUCAAGCUAAAACAUAUUCUAAAAGUGCUUUUUCACCGUCUAUGCACGACGCUGAUUUAUUUUUUAUUCAGUUAUUGGCAAGUUACAUUGAGCCAAAUGCAUUUAUGAGUUAUUUAUUAUCAAAAUUUUAUGUCAACGAUUGGUUAUGUUAUCAUCAGCGACAGUCAGCCUAUUUGGAAGACACGCAAGAUGUGCCAAUGUUUGAAAGUGCAUUGAUCACAAUAGUAGCUAUACUUUCUUUUCACCCCUUUAUUGUUAUUCGCAAUCCCAAACGAACACGUUCAGAAGUCAUAACAAUUUUAUGUGCAAAUAAUCGUUUAUAUAGUGAAAUUGAAGAAAACAUACCUGAUGCAUCACCAAUGGGAACAAAUCGAAAAGAAAUUGAAACAAUUUUAAUUGACGUAGCUGAUUAUGUUGCUCCAUCUGUGGAAUUACUUGGUAGUCUUCAACAAGGAAAAUACGUCUUAAAAGGUUAUAUAUGGGAAACUGAAUAUGAUCCAGUAUGUGUACUUGUACGAUGGUCCAAAAGAUUAUAUUUCAAUAAUGCCUUAGAACGAUAUUCAACUUAUAUUAAACAAAAAGGUCUUUUUAAAACGAUACAUCAGUUAUGGCCACCAUUUCGUUUUCCUGAAUUUGAUCACCCUUAUUUGGCAAAUUUACAAAAUCUUUUGCAAUCACGUGUGUUACAUGGAUGCUUAUUUAUGUCAUUGGACGCCUAUCUCAAAGAUAAACGAGUCACUGAAAAUAUUCUUUAUCUAACUGUAUAUUUGAUAGAAAUGGCUGUUAUACAGAUAAGCGAAUUAUCUUCGUCAUCGAACGAACAAAAUAAUGUAGAAAUGACGUCAACAAACGAAAAGGAUGAAGUUGAUAAGGAAGUGAUAUGUGAAGAGACAAAAUGUGUUCAAGAUAGUCAAUAUGAAACCUAUUAUGAUUUUGACAAUAUUUUAGUUAAUAUGAGUACAAUUAUUAUUAAAGUGAAUCAGCAAGAAGAACGUUUAGAACUUGACGAUCGUAACGAACAACUUCGGUCAAACAUUCAAAAAUCUUCAAAACCAUCUCGUACAGUUUACACUCAAACAUCAACAAAAAUUACCACAGUAUCAGAAUAUGUGAAUGAAAGUAUUAUAUCUUUAUUAUUGAAAAUAUUAUAUCGUAUGCGACUAGACACGUUUUUUGACAUUAUGAAAUCAAUAUUGAAUAAUGAGUGUAAACCGUCAACAUCAAGAAUUGGGGAUGGACAAUAUUUUAUUAGUCAGAUAUUAGCACGUUGUAUACAAUCAUCAGAAAAAUGUCGAUCACACGUGAAUAAUGAAACAAACAAACUGAAAACUCUUUAUUCGAAUCAAAAACCAUCAGGAACAAAAGCAGACAUGACGAUGGAACAAAAAAGAGCAAGAGCUAAAGCUCGUCAACAAAAACUUCUGGCUGAAAUAGCUCAAUCUCAAAUGGCCUAUAUCAAUGAACAGACCUCUGAUGAUCAGUCGAGAUUACAUGGUAUUUCUGAUCAGCCUCAAACAUCUCAUCAUUCUGAUCAUCUAACGACAGCAACAACAAAUCCAGCAGGAACUGUAAUAGAUCAAUAUGAAUGUUGCAUAUGUCGAGUAUCAAAGGAAGAUAAUAAAACACAAAUGGGUCUUAUUGGUAUCAGUUAUUCAUCGAUAUUGCCCAGUAUCCAAUAUUCUCAUGCGAAUGAACCAAACACGACAUCAGUGACGAUGAAAGUAUAUUAUACAAAUUAUAUUGCAAAGUUACUAUCGCUUUAUCGUCAACCAGAUAUUGUUAGCUAUGGUGUCAAUAAUAGAUGGUUGAAUUCAUGUUUAAUUCAUUCAUGUGGACAUUGUAUUCAUUUGGAAUGUUUAACAUCUUAUUUAAAAUCGCUUCAUCCGAGUGAUGAACAAUGCACAAAAUAUUUACAAGCGUUUAAAACGGUGGUUGCUGCGAAUACAAUGGAUAAUUUGAUAUCGCCCGUUAGUCCAUUAUACAUAAAAACUGAAUAUGAAGUGCACAGUGUUGAUCAAAAAGAAGCAGAGAUCAGUUGUGCUUUAUUGAGAGCACAAAUUGAACAUGAUAUCAUAUUUUAUGAUAAUAGUUCAAGUUCAAAUCAGAAAAACAUACGAAAAUCCUAUUAUAAGCAUAUGCAUGAACUUAUGCACAUUAGCUAUCCUUUUUGUCAUCAACGUUUAUGGACGGAAUUAACUGGAUUACAAUGUGCUAUUACUGAUAAUGAUGCAUUUCACAACGAAGAAAAACUAAUGGCGAUUUUGCUACGUGAUCCGAUAACAAUGUUAUAUCAACUAAUAAUGAGUAUACCAACAAAGAUAUUAACAGAACAGUAUGAUACACUCGUUCAAGUUGUAUACAAUGUUGAAUAUAUCAAAAACUUAAUUUCCAUUCUACGGCGAUUAUCAGAUCAAGACAAAUUAGACUUGUCAACGACAACACAUCAGACGUUAAAGCAAGAUGAAAUAUCAACAAAUGCAUAUAUAAGUGAAUGUUUAACAAUGUUAAACGAUAGCGACUUAUCUGCUGAAUCGGGAAACGAUAUGAUGGAUGAAGGACAAUCACAAUCCGAGAAAAUUGCUCGACCAAUUGAAUCAAUCGAAGCCGAAUUAACGAAAAAUUGUACUUAUUAUAUCAAAGUAGCAUCAUUAAUCAAGUAUCGAUUAUAUUCAGAGGAAAUGCCAUGGAAAAUUGGAGAAUUAAUACCAAUUGAACAACUCGUGCCACUAUUGGCUGAUUAUUUGAAUCUAUCGAGAAAACCAAACGGGUUACCAGUUCCUCGUUGGUUUUGUAGUGAACCAUUGAUUUUACUUCGUACAUGGUUGGAAGAAGUGAAUAAUUGCGCAAGACAUUCUGCAAGCAUGACUAAGGCGUGCUUUAUUACUCAACCAGUGUUUAAUCCUCCGAGAUUAAUCGAUUUACCUCAAAAAUAUGAAGAUUUAUAUCGUUUGUAUAGCGAGUAUCAAUGCAAGGUGUGCUCUGAGACGACAACUCAAGUAUUAUUAUGUUUAAUUUGUGGCGGUUCAUUUGUAAAACGUUAUCAACCGUCCUGUUGCGAUUAUCAACGAAACAGAGCGAAACAACAUGAUAAUGAUUGCGGUAAACCAGCUGCAUUGAUGCUGGAUAUUCAAUCAACAAUUGUACACAUUUACCGUCCAAACCGUUCUGGUCAGUGGGGCUCAUUAUAUCUCGAUCAACACGAUGAAGAAGAUAUUGAUUUAAAACGAGGAAAAACGUUAUAUUUAAACCAAAAGCGUGUACAAGUGUUACGGUCUUUAUGGUUAACAUCAGCAUUUGAGUAUCAAGUACAAGUGUGGAUUCCGUAUCGCAGUACUACCUAA